CACCUAUAUAAACCCACACAAACCCCCUUUGCUCUCUCAUUCUUAACCUAACCAUUCUUUCACUCUUCUCUGUUCUCUCUUCUUCGCCGCAACGCAACAACCCUAGCAACGUUCUCAGAUCACGAUGGCCGCGAAAGGAGAUGGUCCCGCUAUCGGAAUCGACCUCGGCACCACCUACUCCUGCGUCGGAGUAUGGCAGCACGACCGUGUCGAAAUCAUCGCCAACGACCAGGGUAACCGUACCACCCCCUCUUACGUCGGUUUCACUGAUUCCGAGCGUUUGAUCGGUGAUGCUGCUAAGAAUCAAGUCGCCAUGAACCCUGUCAACACCGUCUCCGAUGCCAAGAGGUUGAUUGGAAAGAGAUUCUCUGACGCUUCUGUUCAGAGUGACAUGAAGCUAUGGCCAUUCAAGGUUACUGCUGGACCUGCUGACAAGCCCAUGAUUGGUGUCACCUACAAGGGUGAGGAGAAGCAGUUUUCUGCUGAGGAGAUCUCCUCCAUGGUCCUCAUUAAGAUGCGUGAGAUUGCCGAGGCUUAUCUCGGUUCCACCGUGAAGAAUGCUGUUGUUACUGUGCCAGCUUACUUCAAUGACUCCCAGCGCCAGGCUACUAAGGAUGCUGGUGUCAUUGCUGGACUCAAUGUCAUGCGUAUCAUCAAUGAACCCACUGCUGCUGCAAUUGCUUAUGGUCUUGACAAGAAGGCAACCAGUGUUGGUGAGAAGAAUGUUUUGAUUUUUGACCUUGGUGGUGGUACUUUUGAUGUCUCUCUUCUUACUAUUGAAGAGGGUAUUUUUGAGGUUAAGGCCACUGCUGGAGACACCCAUCUUGGAGGUGAAGAUUUUGAUAAUAGGAUGGUGAACCAUUUUGUUCAGGAGUUCAAGAGGAAGAACAAGAAGGACAUUAGUGGGAACCCCAGGGCUUUGAGAAGGUUGAGAACCGCAUGUGAAAGGGCUAAGAGGACUCUCUCAUCCACUGCACAGACCACAAUUGAAAUUGACUCCUUGUAUGAAGGUGUUGAUUUUUACACCACAAUCACCCGUGCUAGAUUUGAGGAGCUCAACAUGGACCUCUUCAGGAAGUGUAUGGAGCCAGUUGAGAAGUGUUUGAGGGAUGCAAAGAUGGACAAGAACAGUGUCCAUGAUGUUGUUCUUGUUGGUGGGUCUACUAGGAUCCCCAAGGUGCAGUCUCUAUUGCAGGAUUUCUUCAACGGGAAGGAGCUUUGCAAGAGCAUCAACCCUGAUGAGGCUGUUGCUUAUGGAGCUGCUGUUCAGGCUGCUAUCUUGAGUGGUGAGGGUAAUGAGAAGGUUCAGGAUCUUCUGUUGUUGGAUGUUACUCCCCUUUCCCUGGGUUUGGAAACUGCCGGUGGUGUCAUGACUGUUCUCAUUCCAAGGAACACAACAAUCCCAACCAAGAAGGAGCAAGUUUUCUCAACUUACUCGGACAACCAACCUGGUGUCUUGAUCCAGGUGUACGAGGGUGAAAGAGCCAGAACCAGAGAUAACAACUUGUUGGGUAAAUUUGAGCUUUCCGGUAUUCCUCCAGCUCCAAGGGGAGUUCCUCAGAUCACUGUUUGCUUUGACAUUGAUGCGAACGGUAUCUUGAAUGUCUCUGCUGAGGACAAGACUACAGGGCAGAAGAACAAGAUCACUAUCACCAACGACAAGGGCAGGCUUUCAAAGGAGGAGAUCGAAAAGAUGGUGCAGGAGGCAGAGAAGUACAAGGCUGAGGAUGAGGAACAUAAGAAGAAGGUUGAUGCUAAGAACGCCUUGGAAAACUAUGCCUACAACAUGAGGAACACUAUCAAGGAUGAAAAGAUUGGGUCUAAGCUUUCUUCUGAUGAUAAGAAGAAGAUUGAAGAUGCAAUUGACCAAGCAAUCCAAUGGUUGGAGAGCAAUCAGCUGGCUGAGGCUGACGAGUUUGAAGACAAGAUGAAGGAGCUUGAGGGCCUUUGCAACCCAAUCAUUGCCAAGAUGUACCAGGAUGGAGGUGUUCCUGACAUGGCUGGUGGAAUGGAAGAAGAUGUGCCACCAUCUGCAGCCGGUGGUGCUGGCCCUAAGAUCGAAGAAGUCGAUUAAACUAUGUUGAUGUAUGAACCAUUUAAUUUCAGAACUUUUUUAGCUUUUUUUAUUUAUCUUGUUAAGAAUAUUGCCAAAAUUUUGAGGUCUUUCUGAUAUUGGCUGGCUUAUUCAUGAUUGUCAAAGCCGCUUCCUCUCUUUUUGCUUUUGGAUACUUUAUGCAGAUUUGAAGUGUCUGAAUUUUUUUGGGAAUGGAAGCAAUUAUAAUUGCCAA